GAGAUUGUCACAGCAGUCACAUCGUUUGGGGAAACCUCGUAAAGCGUCUGUAAAGUUUUAUUUUCUGGCGAGCUGAGCUGAUUUCAGUCUGAUUUUGAUUUUGAUUUUCUAUCAAACUUUUUUUAAGACUAUAAAGGAUUUUUUUUUUUAAAUCCUCAACUCUUCCGUCACCGCCGUUUGGAGCAGGUGAAGACGCGUUUCAGAGAUCAACAACCAGCAGAGGUGAAGUCUGCAUCUGACAACAUCCAGGUGCUGUCAGGAUCCUUGAGAAACACACGAGAGGUUCCUCCAUAUUGAAGUCCCUUUCUGGUCUUUCCCAGUAGCCAUGGCUGCCAAUUUCACCCCUAAGGGUUGCGGCCCUGAUGUGGACUCCCUCUAUUACAACCUGUGUGAUCUCAGUGCCGUGUGGGGCAUUGUGUUGGAGGCCUUCGCAGCAGCUGGCGUCGUCUUCUCCUUCGUCCUGUUCAUCUCGCUGCUGGCCAACUUAGCCUUCACACAAGACAAGAACCGCAAGAGCUCAGUAGGUCUCCAAGCCUGCUUCCUGAUCUGCAAUGCCGGUCUCUUCUGCCUCACCUUUGCCUUCAUUGUGGGGAAGGACUUUUCCACCUGCACCUCACGGAGGUUCCUCUUCGGAGUGCUGUUUGGCGGGUGCUUCGCCUGCCUUUUGAUGGAAUGCGUGAGGCUAAACAUCCUCGCCAGGCACAACAGCGGGCCCCAGGGAUGUGUCUUAUGUCUGGGGGCGGUGGCGCUGUGGCUGGUGGAAGUGGUCAUCAACACAGAGUGGCUGAUCAUCACAGUGGUGCGCCACCCGCUCAACAUCACAGACGAUUUUGGCGGAGAAACAUCUAUACCUUGCAACAUCGCCAACGAGGACUUUGUCAUGGCGUUAAUCUACGUGAUGACCCUGAUUCUGGCUGUAGUGGUGGCAAGUCUGACCAUCAUGGGGGGCAAACACAAGCAGUGGAAGAUUGAAGGCAUAGGCAUCCUUCUGAGCAGCCUGUGCUCUGUGUUUAUUUGGGUGGCGUGGAUCGUCAUGUACGUCUACGGGAAUGAAAAGAAAGGGGGCCCAACAUGGGAUGAUCCCACCUUGGCCAUCGCCUUGGUGGCAAACGCCUGGGUGUUCCUGAUCCUCUACACCAUUCCCCAUAUCUGCUGUUUCGGCGGUGACGAUGAAAGCCAGGAAAACUUCGGGGAAGACUUGUACCCAAGCCAAGGAGUCGGAUACGAGACGAUAUUGAAGGAACAGAGCUCCCAGAAUAUGUUCAUGGAAAACAAGGCUUUCUCUAUGGAUGAGCCCAACCAAGCACCCAAACCCGUGUCUCCAUACAGCGGCUACACCGGUCAGCUGCGUAGUUCAGUGUACCAGCCUACUGAGCUGGCUCUCAUCACCAAGGCAAUGGGAAAUCCCCUGCCGGACACUCCCUAUGAAUCGAUCAUUCCCAGAGCUUCCACCAACUCUGCAGCCGGCAGCGGGAGCAGCACCCUGUCGCAACACACCGAGAUCGGCAACACUCCUUACACACAGACAAACGGAAAUAGCGUAGGGGAACGGUCUGCAUAGGAUGUCCCAGUGGUGAACACCCCGUCGUUCUCAACACCCCUUCAAAAUCAUUUCAGGUCAUGUCAUUUCAUUUGCACUUGCUGUCUGCUGUUUGCUGUUAUCCGUGGUUCUCUAAGCUGGCUCUAAGAGAAACCCCUCAGCCCCCCGACAUGUGGAGGUGAACGCUGGGUCAUCCCCACUGAUGGUAAACAGCUAAACCUCCUAUUGACUGAUCUCCUGUAUGCCGCUGGGUAUCAGACAGCAUACAGCUUCAUUUGGAAGUCAAAGCGAGGGGGACGAAGCCACGGCUUUGCUGCAGAACAAAGACUUUUUGCAGUGGUCGCCAUUCACUGAGAGUGAGCCGUGAGCUCUCUGCUGGACGCGAUCACACAGAUGAAGAGUGACAGUGCUGACAGCGCAAAAAUGAUGCAGAGAAAAGUCUAAAAAUGUUGGGAGUGGUUGUUUUUUUUGCCUCAACAUGAUAAUCAAAAGUACACACCCCUCCAUCUUAUACACAAACAUCAUAAGCUAAACUCACUGCAGCAGCAGCCUCAAACCAAAAUAAUCAGUCCUUACUCAGUUUGGCAUGAAGAAAACUGGAAACACUAUCAGAAGGAUUGUAUACAUUUAGAUUAAAAGAGAAAUUGUGCACAGUCAAGUUUGAUUAUAGGGGUCAAUAUAUAUUUUUGUGCCUGGUUUGUGAAUAUUGUUAAUAGCCACACAGUAAGGUCACACAAAAAAAGUUGCGCUACUGGUAUUGAAUUAAUGUAAAUAGGUUGUCAAUGGUUCUCCACUGCAUAGAAGCAUUGUAUUAAUAUGUACAUUUAAUACUAUUCAUAGCACUACUGGAUGCUAUUUAAUUAUCUUAUGUAAGUUCUACACAUCAAACAUUCAUGAGGAAAGAAAUCUUAAAUCCUGCAAGGCUUUGUGAGCUUACAGAGGUCAGUGUAAUUUCUCAUUAAAAGGUUACUUUUAUCUCUUUUUUCUGAAAAACUGGAACAUGAUAUUUGUGUUUUGUUUGUGUAAUUUAAGAUAAACAUGCAUCCACUACUUUACUGGACAAAACUGAGCACAUUGUAAUUUAACAUGAGAUCAAGGGCUAUGUCAAUCAUUUACGCCUCACUAAUAUAAUCAACAUACAAUACAAUACAGUGUGUUUGUCUUUUUGUAGUGUGUGAAUGUCUAGUGAGACUUAAUUUUCUCAGUUUGACUCAAUUUCUACUGUCCAGGUUUCUUCCAAUUUUGAAGUUUGCAUAGAAACGUCCGCUUAAAAGUUCAAGAAUUAACCUUCAAGCUCAUUAUCCUACAGGUCAGUAGUAUUCUAUAAUCUCUGUUCAUUAACUGAGAGCCGCUUCCCUCCAAAAGCUGGAUGUUUUCGUCAAUAUUACAUUGUCUUUGUCAUCUAAAACCAAACAAGUUGAAUGCAUUACAGUGAUUACAUUUUAUUCUGCUAUCUGACAAUCUUUUCCUCUUUGCAGAAUUCACAGCAUAGCAUGUGAAGUAACUCCGCCAUUGUUUCAUUUUACAAGGUGCUCAAACUUUACUGUCCAGUACAGAGCAGUAGAUGUAAAUUAUGUCUAAAUACGUAGACAAUAAUUUACCAUUAUUAUGUUCCAGCUUUUCAGAAAGACAAAUGAAGGAAACAUAGAGAUUCAGGAUGGUGGAAAACUUCUUAAAAAGAGGAAGUCUAUAUAACACCUUUAUGUUAAUGUAUGAAAUGUAUUCAUAGAAACCACAGCCACUGGAUUUGUUGAAUGUAAAUAAAUUUGAAUUUGUGUCA